GUAUACAGGAUAGGACGGUCGUACGGAUUAGAAGUGAGGAUUCAUGUCCAAUUAAGAGAUAGUUUUGGGCACUGACUUUCAAUAGUGGUUUCAUCCUAUAUCUCAUAAUUUGUUUUUUGUAGUUCAUGGUGUAUCAAAGUCUUGGUUUGUCGGAUCCAUUAUGUACACAUUAAAACAUACCCCGUUGUAAGAAGCUGCAUUCAUAAAAUGCCACUAUUCCUGUUGAAUCCGUGUCCUUAUUUUCAUGAGUAUUGUGAUCGACCGGGAAAUUACAAUACCUUUCUAAAAUGAGCAGCAAUGGACGUUACAUUGAAACUGUGUAUCUUUAAAUUGUCAACCUGUCUGCUCAUGUAGAGUAAGAUAACGACGUUUAGGUAUGCUGGUGAUGAAUUCCGUACUUAAAACGGUUACUUAACCUACUUUUACAAUGUGGAUAACGUGAACAAAGAUAAACAAGGAUUGUAUGUAUUGAAACGCUAAAAGUUAAGUAUGUUUUUUAUCCUUUUAAUUUGCAAACUUGGAACAAUAAGUCUUUUCAAUAUGUUCACUGUAACACAACUUCAAAUAAAGUUAAGAAUAUGUCAACCUUUACUUGUAAAAUAAAAUGGAAAAAAAAAUCAAACAUUGCAUUGGAUUAAUUCUUUAAACAAAGUACACAUUAUGUUUCAGACACAAUAAGAAUGUCAUUAAUACAGAUCGCAGAUCUUGGCGGUGCCACGAUAAAUGCAGUUGACGCAGGAGCAUUUAUAACACCAUACGUCAUGAAGCCAGCGACUGAGACAAAACGAAUUUUCGAGAAUGUCCCGAACUUCAUGUUCCGGAAGGACGACGUUAUGCUAUGUACAUACCCAAAGACAGGCACCAACUGGUUGUUUGAGAUAAUAAUGAUGAUUCUGAACAAAUCUGCUGAACCAAUAGAGACAAAUAAAGGGAUGACAAUGCUGGAGUUUCAGGCACCAGAGGAUAUUGAUCAACAACCGUCUCCUAGAGUUGUCAAUUGCCACUUUCCUUGCAGGAUUCUACCGUUUAAGGACAUGACAGCUAAACAAAUAAAGACUGUGCUGUGUUGCAGAAAUCCCAAAGAUACAGCAGUAUCAUAUUACAAUCAUAUGAAAGGCUUAAGACCGUAUGAUUAUAAUGGAAAGUGGGACGACUGGCUGCCAGUAUAUCUACAAGGCAAAUUGGAAUACGGGAAGUAUACAGAUUAUCUACUGGAAUGGGAAAAGGCAAUGGAGGAAGGUGUUGGAUUUCCCUUACAUGUUAUGUAUUAUGAAGACCUUAAAAUUAACGGAACUGGAGAAAUGGACAAACUCCGCAAGUUCCUUGACGUGGAAUUAGAUGAUGUACUGAAAGAAGAUAUUGUAAAAAUGUGUGGUUUUGCGAGAAUGGCUACAAAGACAGUGCCUGGCUCUUUUACCAAGGAAGGCUUUAAUUUCUUCAGGAAAGGCCAAAUAGGAGAUUGGAAAAAUUGGUUUACUGUAGCACAGGACGAAAUGUUUGAUGAAAUUUGGAAAAGUGAAAUGAAGGAUUCCAAAAUGUCAAAGUUUAUAUAUACUUUCCGAGGACAUUACUGUCGAUUGAAACCUCACUUUGUGCGUGAAAAAGCGAUACAGCUUGCUUACAGAAGAAUGACGUCAGUAAAGAUCAAAGAUUUGAGUGGUGCUACUAUCGAUGAAAUUGAUGUAGGAGGAUUUCUCAUACCAGACUUCAAGAAACCACCUGCAGAGGCAAAACAACUCUUUGAUAGUAUCCCGCAUUUCGAAUUCCGCGACGAUGAUUUGAUAUACCUCCCGUUGAAUGAUAUGAAAGUCAAACAGAUAAAAACUGUAUUAUGUUGCCGCAAUCAGAAAGACACUGCGGUGUCAUACUAUAAUCAUAUGAAGGGUAUAGAAGUCUAUGGGUAUGAUGGCAAGUGGAGCGAUUGGCUGCCCGUAUAUCUACAGGGCAAAUGUUUUACUCUUUGUUUUGAAAACCAAAACGGUCUUGAAGAAAUAGACAGGCUAUUGAAGUUUCUUGAUGUUGACUUAUCAGAAGAAUUAAAGAAAGAUAUUAUACACAUGUGUGGUUUUGAGAAUAUGGCCAACAAAACGAUGCCCAGUGAUAUGGAAAAGGUGUUUUUCAAGCAAGACUUCAAGUUUUUCAGGAAAGGUCGUGUGGGUGAUUGGAAGAAUUGGUUUACAGUAGCACAGAAUGAAAAUUUCGAUGAAAUCUGGGAAAAUGAAAUGAAUGGUUCAACUUUUUCGCAGUUCAAGUAUAGUGACCCAAGAGACGGAAACGAUGUUUCUCAACCAAGUUUUUAAAAGUAUAAGGAAAGGCUGAGUCGGAGACUGGAAUAAUUGUUUCAAUAGUAGCACAGAAUGAAAUUUUGGUGAAUUCUAGAAAAAUUAAAUGAUCGGUCCAAUUUCUUAGUUUAAACAUCCUGACCCAAGAGGUUGAUUCGUAUUUAAAGAGUUUGGAUUAUUGAGUAGAUGUCAAAGAAUAUAUCAGCACGUAAAACUACAUUACCCAUUAUAUACAUGUACACACUCUGGUCAGUUUUAAUAAAAUACUUGUAAGGAGCUAAGUGUGUAUAUCCUAUAUAGAUGACUAAAUUGAUUUGAUUAUUAUGCUUCAGAAUGAUAUUUUUUCUUUAGCAAGGAAUGCCAAAACGUGUUAUUAUAUAUAGUUUGUCAUUUAAUAUUGACAUUAUUGUAAAUAUAUUAACAAUUUUGCAGCUUUAUUAAGUUCAAACGAAUAUCAUAUAUACAAACUUAUCAAGGCAGUAAAGAAUGUGAGCAUCCGUAUUGUAUGUGAACAUAUACUUGUUUUUGUUUAGAAUCCUACUUUUCUGUUUAAGGGGAGAGCAAUGUAGGCAUUUUUAAAAUAACCCUCAUUAAAGCGAAACUUGAAAAUGAAUUUUUAAAAGACACAUGAGCAAAGAUAUUCUUGCUAUAAAAUUUUCAGAAAUUUCAAUAAACACCA